UCCGAAAAACAGUCGAGUCUCGAGCGCCAAAUCGUUUACACGACGCAGAAGCCUUGUAAAGCGGACCGACAUCAUCCAGAACAGAAUAGAUACUAUAUAUAGAGAUAUCAUGUUCAAGGAGAUUAUUAUAUUGGUGAUGCUUUUGGUGGCCGUGGCCCUGGCAAUGCAUCCGGUCGAGGAAAACCAACACCGUCAGAUUUCCCACCAUACUCGCAAUGGGCAUCAUCUGAAGACAGUUAAACAUCAUUCGCACGGUCAGGAGCACAUCCAACAUGGAAAGCUUGCGGUUCCUGUUCCUGCGCUCGUUUUGCACGGCCACAAGCAGCACAAAAAAGCCGCGUCACACAAGAAGCCCGGCAAGGCAACCAGGUUGGUGCAGGGCCAGAAGAAGCAUCGACACCAGCAGCCUCAGAGCAAUCAACGGUCGAAGAACCGCAACCAGUCGCAUGAUGGCAGCCACCACCAGAAGCGCCACUCGGGGUCGCGUCGCCAUUUUUAGCCAGUAAGUUCUGUUCUGUGUAUAUAAAUGUAUCCACAAUAAAGCAGCGGAGCAGCCAGUAGUGGAA